GAUUUGUGGAGUAGUAAACAUAGGUACAUAUAGUUAUUUUGUUUUUAUUUUAUUAACGUCAUAUUAUGUACAUUUUUGUUGUGCGUGCUUGAAGUUUUUUUUUCAAUUGAUGUGACUACUUUGUUAUGAUAAUCUCACAGAUGUCCGUUUAAUAAAUCACGUAGCAGCAUAUGAAUUUAAUCAUGAAUGUUAGAAUUGCCUUACUUGGAAUUUUCCUAUUAAUCGUUAGUCCAUGUUUUUCCAUAAAUAUUUUUCAACUUUUGGGUCAGUCUUACCGUAAAAAUUUAAUUCAAUUUCGUGAAGAUCCUCAAUUUGGGAACAAAAAAAUAUUAGAUGAAUACGACUUCAUAGUGGUAGGAGCUGGUGCUGCAGGAGCAACGGUCGCUCGGCGGUUAGCGGAAGUCUCAGAAUGGAACAUACUUUUAUUAGAAGCUGGUGGAGAAGAAUCAUUGAUAACUGCAUUACCAAGUAUUGCACACUAUUUACAAUUUACAAAUUAUAAUUGGGCAUACCACACGGAAGAGGAAUUGCAUGCUUGUAAAGGACUUAUAAACAAGACUUGUCCUUGGCCAGCAGGAAAAGGAUUGGGAGGUAGCACAAUAAUUAAUAACAAUAUGUACACAAGAGGUAAUGUAAGAGAUUUUGAUCGUUGGGCUGAGGCAGGGAAUCCAGGGUGGUCUUAUAAUGAUGUACUACCCUAUUUCUUAAAAAAUGAAAAUAUAGAGGUACCGGAACUCAAAAGGUCACCUUAUCACGGUGUUGGAGGACCAUUACCAAUUAGCUAUCCUGCAUUUAAGUCAAAACUAGUUGAUGCGUUCAUAGAGUCAGCAUCUGAAGUAGGUAUGCCUGUUGGUGACUAUAAUGCUCCAGGUAGCCAUGUGAGUUUUUCGAGAAUCCAAAGUACAACAUCAAAUGGAAGACGAGUAACUUCUGCUAGAGCUUAUCUCCACGACAAUUUAAAAAAUCUGCAUGUAGUUGAAUUUGGAUAUGUUACGAAAAUUCUAAUUGACGAUCGUACUAAAGUGGCAUAUGGAGUAGAGUUCAUGAAGAAUAAAAGGAAAAGAAGAGUACUGGCUAAAAAAGAAGUGAUAGUAUCAGCAGGCACGUUUAACUCUGCUAAACUUUUAAUGUUGUCAGGUAUUGGGCCUAAAGAACAUUUGAAUUCAUUAGGGAUUAACACUGUGAGUGAUUUACGCGUGGGUGACAACUUACAAGAGCAUCCAUCAUUUGCCGGGUUAACAUUCUUAGUAAAUGAAACUGUAGCAUUUGUCCCAGACAGAAUCUACCGUGAUUUAAUAAGUGAAGCGUUUAAAAUAUUCGAUAAAAAAAGUUUUAUGGCAACUUUACCACCGGAAGGUGUUGGAUAUGUGAAAACUAAGUACAACAAGGAUAUAGGAGAUAUACCUGAUAUCGAGUAUAUAUUCAUGUCUUCUAGUUUGGCAGGAGAAGGGGGUUUGGGUGGCAGUAUUGGACGGAGAUCAAUGGGUGUACCUGAUAAGUUGUUCUAUGAAACAUACAACGGUAUUUUGGCACGUGAUACGUGGUCGAUUUGGGUCAUGUUGAUGUAUCCAGAGAGCAGAGGACAGGUACGGUUGCGCAGUGCUAAUCCAUUCGAAAAACCAGUGAUUAAUGCAAAUUUUUUCAGCCACCCUCUCGAUUUGAAACGAAUUGUAGAAGGCAUAAAAAUGACAAUUGAGCUAAGCAAAACCAAAGCGUUUCAAAAGUAUGGUUCAACGUUACAUAAAACCCCCAUGCUGGGAUGUAGACAUUUAGAAUUUGGCUCCGAUCCGUACUGGGAAUGUUGUGUCGAAACGAUGACAAUGCAGAUGCAUCACCAGAGUGGCACAUGCAAAAUGGGACCGGAAUGGGAUCGAAAUGCCGUAGUAAACUCUCAGCUGAAGGUGUAUGGUGUGAAUAAUUUGAGGGUAAUAGACUGCUCUAUAAUGCCCACAAUUACAGGAGCUCAUACUGUAGCACCGACAUACAUGAUUGGUGAGAAGGGUGCCGAUUUAGUUAAGUCUACUUGGUUGAAUAAAGCUUAAGCAGAUGUUUGAUCAGUACCUAAUUGAUAUAAACUAAGUUGAAUUUGGAACUAUUCUAUGAACAUUUAUCAGUGAAAGUUAUUAUUAAGUACCUACAUAAUCAUUAUAAUUAUAAUUUAAUGUGUAUAAAAUAUAAAAUAUAUAAUUAAAAA